CAUCUCCUCCUUGAAAUUUUUAACUUUUUCCUUUUUUUUUCAGUCGUUCUUCUACUGGUUGAUCUUUAAGUUGGGUUUCUCCAUCAAUGGAAUUCCAUUGAUCGAGACAAGAUAGAUAUAGGCGACUUGUUUUGGCUUGUUUCUGAUCGUUGUUCAAGCCCGGAGGUUUAUCUUUUGGUCCGAUCAUGGCUGUCGCUGAGAAUGCUGGUGUGAAAGUGGAUUCUUCCGGUCAGAAUUUGGAGAACAACACUGUUUCAGCAGCGGGCAUGAAGCCGCCAUGCCCCGAUGAUCAGAACCCUAAAUCAGAUUCCUCUGGCGAGAUACCGAAUCCUACCGAGAAAUUGACUCCAGACGACGAUGAUCGGGAAGUUUCUGCCAAUGGCACUGACAAGAUCGAUCAGACGCCAACUGGGUUUAAGGAAAAUGGGUUCGGGUCCAAACCCGAAAACGGGACGGGGGGAGACAGUGAGGAGAAUCUAAAGCGUGAGAUAGGAAAGUUGGAUGAGAUGUUGUCUAGGUUGAAUCCCAUGGCUGAAGAAUUUGUCCCUCCUUCAUUGGCUCGAAACCAAUCUAGGGUUUUGGCCAAUGGGUUAGGGUUUACUAACGGUUUUGCAGGGCAAGCUAAUUCUGCUGAUGGAAAUGGCCAUUUUGCUAGAAGGAGAAGGAACAAUGGCCAAGGUAAGCGUAGAAUGAACAAACGGACAAGCAUGGCUCAGAGGGAAGAGAUAAUUGGGAGAACUGUAUAUGUGGCUGACAUUGAUCAACAGGUUACCGAAGAGCAGCUUGCAGGUCUCUUUCUUAACUGUGGACAGGUUGUUGAUUGUCGUGUAUGUGGCGAUCCCAACUCUGUUCUCCGAUUUGCUUUCAUUGAGUUCACUGAUGCAGGGGGAGCUAGGGCUGCUCUGAGCAUGUCAGGCACUAUGCUUGGGUUUUACCCUGUUAGGGUGCUUCCUUCCAAAACUGCUAUUGCACCAGUUAACCCGACUUUCCUUCCCAGGUCUGAGGAUGAGAGGGAGAUGUGCUCUAGGACUGUCUACUGUACUAACAUUGACAACAAGAUCUCUCAGGCAGAUUUGAAGCUUUUCUUUGAAUCUAUUUGCGGGGAGGUUCGACGUCUGAGGCUGCUCGGAGAUUAUCACCACCAAACCCGCAUUGCUUUUGUUGAGUUUAUGCUGGCUGAGAGUGCAAUUGCUGCCCUCAACUGCAGUGGUGUCAUCGUGGGCGGGCUCCCCGUAAGGGUUAGCCCGUCAAAGACACCGGUGAGGCCGCGACUUCCCCGUCCUCAGUUCAACUGAAUCUUUUUUCCCAGUUGCCGACCCCGGAGAGAUCUCUCUCUAUAUAUACAUAUGGCUUUGUGAGUUUAAAACAGAUAUGCAGGGAGAGAGAGAGAGAUAUUUAAGGUACUUGAGGCGUUUUCUGUUUAAACAUGAUACUGUGUUAUGGUUUGCUUGGCUGGCUGCCUGGUAUCUUUGAAGAACCCUUCUUCUCCUCCUCACUAAGCAAAAGUUUCGAUUGGAAACCUUUUGUUGAAAAACCCAUUUUUCUUUUGAAUAAUUUUCAUGGGGGUUGGUUGGCUUAAUUUCCCUUUUGGACAGACAAAUCUUUGUUCAUCUCUUCUGUUGUUGGUUUAAUUUCCCUUUCUGGUUUCUUUGGUC